UUUCCGGUCUCAAUUCUUGAAAUUGGAACAAAAAUAAUUAUUGAAGGACCUACUGGUUUAAAAAAGAAUUUACUUGAAAGAUAUUAUUCACAACCUGUUUGUGAUCAUAAAUUCUAUGAAUCUUGCCCAGAAAAAGAAAAAACAUUCACAAGAUUGCUUUAUGGAAUCACUUUCUUUCACUCUGUGGUUAGAGAAAGAGGUACAUUUGGAUCUAUAGGUUGGACCUUUCCUUAUGAUUUCAAUGAAUGUGAUUAUAUUACAACAAUUUCACAACUUCAGACAUUUCUCUCUGAAUACGAAGAGACAUCAUUUCAAAUGAUGGAAUACUUGAUUGGAGAAUGCAAUUAUGGAGGUAAACUGCAAGAUGAUUGGGAUAAGAAAAUUCUAAAAUCAAUUCUCAAACGUUUUAUAAACAAAGAAAUAAUUUUCUGCCAAGAUUAUUCUCUUAAUGAAAAUGAUAAAACAUAUUUCCUACCAGUUCGAUAUGACUAUAAAGAUUUUAUACAAUGUAUAAAGAGUUUACCACCAAACCCUCAUCCUGAGGUAUAUGGGUUGAACAAAAAUGCAGGAGUAAUGCGUAACCUGAGUAUAUCAAAUAAACUUCUAGAUGCCUUGCUCAAUAUAUUUGGAGAAAACGUAUACAACAAACUCAAAACAUCUGAUCAUUAUGUAUAUAAUAUUGCUGAGAAUAUUCUCUUAAAAAUGCCUGAUUCAUUUGAUACUGAAGAAAUAUUAAACCAAUUUUCAACUAAUAAUAAUGAAUGCUUGGUAUCAGUUUUAUUUCAAGAACUACUAGCAUUUACUUACCUGCAAGAUGUGGUUAAAUCAUCCUUGACAGAUCUACUGAAUGCAAUAAAAGGACUUACUGUUUUAACUCCAGAUUUAGAAGACAUUUUGACAUCUUUGGGCUCAUCUCUUGUUCCAAAAGUUUGGCAGAAAUGUUCCUACUCCAGCUUGAAACCAUUAGGAUCAUAUAUUAGUGACCUUAUAGAACGGAUUAAUCUGUUUCAGAAAUGGUUCAGUUUUGGUAAGCCAAAAGACUUUUGGAUAUCAGGAUUCUACUUUCCUCAUUCAUUUAUGAGUGCAGUAAAACAAGACUUUGCUAGAAAGAACAAAAUAUCAGUACUAGAACUAACUUUUGAUUAUGAAAUUCUAAAAACUAAGAGAGCUGAAAAUUACCCAGAUGUUGGAGCCUUUUUAUAUGGAAUUCAUUUGUUAGGUGCACGCUGGGAUGAAAUUAAACAAUCUCUUGAGGAAGAAUUUCCAAUGGUGAUGUAUGAGGAAUUGCCUCUUUUAUGGGUGAAACCUUGUUUAAAAAAUGAACUUAAAGGCGAAAGGAAGUAUACCUGUCCUCUUUAUAGGACAACAGAAAGAAAAGGUAAAAUAACAUCUGCUGGUUUGUCUACUAACUAUAUUUUGCCUAUAUUAAUUGAUACACACCUAGAUCCAUCCCAUUGGGUCACUCGUGGUGUGGCUCUGGUAUGUCAGUUGGAUGAAUAA